AUGAAUGAAACUACAUGGUUUGAUGGUGUUCCUGGAUUAUCUCAAUGUCCUCAGAUAAGCGGAACGAAGUUUGAAUAUAAAUUCACUGUAAACCAAUACGGAACCUAUUGGUAUCAUUCUCAUUUCAUGGCUCAAUAUGUUGACGGAUUAAAGGGCCCAAUCGUAAUUCAUGAUCCGGAUGACCCAUAUUUAAGUUCAUAUGAUUACGAAUAUGUGAUGACUGUAAGUGAUUGGUAUCAUGAUCCGACAGGAAAUUUCAUGCCCACGUUUCGUAGUGGCAAUGAUCCCGUCCCUGAUUCCGGGGAAAUUAGUGGUGUAGGAAGAUAUGAUUGUAGUAAAGCUCCAGAAGGUUCAUCAUGUGUAGAUAAAGGAUACGCGACCUACAAAGUCCAGCAAGGCAAAAAAUAUAGAUUUAGAAUAAUAAAUACUAGUGCCAUGUCUCAUUUCACGGUGUCUUUUGACAACCACCCGAUGGACAUUAUUGAGGUCGAAGGAACAAAUGUCAAAAGAACUACUGUUAAUUUUCUUCCGAUUAACAUUGCUGAACGUUACUCAGUAAUUAUUGAAUGCAAUCAGACAGUCGCCAGUUAUUGGAUUAGAGCAACUAUUAGUAGAUGCAGCAUACCAUAUAGACCAGGAGAUCCUAAUACGAUCAACUCUAAUUCUGCAUUAAAUUAUACCGUCUUAGGCAUUCUUCGUUACGAGGGUGCCCCUGAAACCAAUCCGCAGUCUACGGCAUUCAAGACUCCUACGCCAAACUGCUUUGACCAGGAUCCAAAUACUUUGAAACCCUAUGUGCCUGAACCACCUCCACAAGAUAACGUCUAUACUAUUAGUUUCACGGUCAAUGUUGUUCUUUUACCGAGCUCCAAACUUUUGGCUGCGGUAAUUAAUAAGUCAUCAUUUGUACCAGAUUUUUCGUAUCCAACACUCAUGAGACUUAGAGAUGGCCAGGACCCUAGCAGAUUCCUUGUUUCGGAUAAUGCAUAUGGGUACAAUAUUUCCAGUGGUGCAACAGUUGAACUUUUGGUGAGAAAUGAUGAAAAUAGAACUCAUCCUUUCCAUUUGCAUGGACAUGCGUUCUGGGUCGUUUGUCAAGGUGAUCCUGGAACUAACACUAAUUCCCGAUCAAGUUUAAAGUGCAAUUAUAAUGAUCCUCCUAAGCGGGAUAUAGUAACUCUUAAACCGCUAAGUUUGACAGCAAUUAGAUAUGUAGCAGACAAUCCCGGCGUCUGGGCAUUCCAUUGCCACAUUGAAUGGCACGUCGAAAUGGGAAUGGUUGCUCAGUUAAUAGAAUCGCCUGAAAUACUUACAAGUAAACUCAUUCCUAACAUGCCUGAAGAAGUAGCAGAGCUUUGCGAUCAAUUUGAUAAUACGAAUGCGCUAUAUAGCGACCCUUCGUCACAAGAUGAUUCGUCAGAAGAUAAUAAUUCGUCUGAUGAUAAUCAAGAUAAUAAUGAUAAUAAUCAAGAAAAUAAUGAUAAUAAUCAAGACAAUAAUUCGUCUGAUGAUAAUCAAGAUAAUAAUCAAGACAAUAAUUCGUCUGAUGAUAAUCAAGACAAUAAUUCGUCUGAUGAUAAUCAAGAUAAUGACUCAUCAGAUGAUUCACCUCAAGAUGAUUCAUCACCAGACGAUUCACCACAAGAUGAUUCAUCAUGA